CCCAACUCGCCAUGCAGCAGUCCCCUUUCUUCCUCCUUCUCUUCCUCCUCAUCUUUCUCUGUCUUACCUCACAGGGUGCUGAGCCCCGAAGACCCACUGAGUGUGGAAGCUGAAGAGGGGAAGAAUGCAGUGCUGCCAUGCCUGAUUGGCCCCAGGGAUGGACCCUUUGAGCCCAUCACCUGGUCUGGAGGAGGGCAGCUGUCCCCUUUGCAGCAACUAACCCUGAAAGGCCCAGGGUUGGGGGCCCAAGUGGAAGCCUCGAACAUCUCCCUCUUCAUCUAUAAUGUCUCAGCCAAGUCUGGGGGCUUCUACCUCUGUGAAUGGGGAGCACUCACAAAGCAAGAGUCAAAGCGAGGGGCUGCUAUCAGUAUCAAUGGCAGUGGUGAACUGUUCCAGUGGAAUGCUACAGGCCCAGAGGGCUGUAGUCCUAGGAAAGUAUCCUCGUCUGCGACCAGGACUUCCAACCUUCCAAGAUCCAGGUUCGGAACUAAUCCUGUCACUCAACUAUACGUAUGGGCUGAGGACAAACCUAAGCUGUGGAAUCCCUUUGUUCCAUGUGUUGACCAGAACCAAACAGAGGAUUAUAAGGAGCUGACUCUGGCCCCAGGAUCUCCCCUCUGGCUGUCUUGUGAACAGCCACCAUCUUCCCUGACCUGGGGCUCUACAUCAUGGGUUCACUGGCGCCCUGGGAAAAAUACUUCACUCCUGAGCCUCAAACUGGGAGAGGGUCUCCCAGCCCGCGAGUUCUGGGUUAUGGGCACUCAAGGAGAAGGUGCCCUGCUAAUUCUGCCCCAGGUUGUUCCCCAGGAUGCUGGUACCUACCUCUGUAAAAGUGGCAACCUCACCAUCAGCAUCGAGCUGAAAGUCAUCUCACAGUCAGUAUGGCGUUGGCUUUUGGGGACUGGAGUCUGGAAGGUUCCAGUUGUUACUCUGACCUAUGUGUCCUUCUGUCUGGGUACCCUGGUUGGGUUCCUCCAAGUUAAGAAAGCCCUGCUCUUACGGAGAAAAAAGAAGCGGAUGACCGAUCGCACCAGGAGGUUCUUCAAAGUGAUGUCUCCAGGGAAUGAGGCCCAGAGUCAGUAUGGGAAUGUGUUACCCAUGUCUGGGGUACCAAACUCUGGAAAUGUUCGGACCAUGAAAUGGACCCCUGGCUUUGGAGAAGCUACUCCAUCCUUUGGGAACCCAUACCAAGGGAACCAGGGAACAGGAAUCCCUGGGCUCAGGAGUCCAGGACAGGAAGAUCCAGAAGAGGAGGAAGGAGAAGGUUAUGAGGAACCAGAUGGUGAAGAAGCCUCUGUGGCCUAUGAAAAUAGCCAGGACCAGAACUCCCAAGAUGGUUGGGGCUAUGAGAAUGAAGAGAAAAUGGCCGCUGAAGAAAUAGAGGAUGAUUCUUUCUCCACUGCUGAUUCUUAUGAGAAUGAGAACACGGAAAUGGUCCCACCUGUCUACACAACAACAGGCUUCCUGCUCCCCAAAGGGCCUGUUUGGGACACCUGCCGGGAGGUUUCUUCACUUGGUUCUCAGUCUUAUGAGGACAUGAGAGGAGUCCUAUAUGCUGCCCCUCAAAUCCGGAACCUUCAUCCCCAGCCUGGUCCAAGCCAGGAGGAAGAUGGUGACUCCUACGAGAAUAUGGAAAAUCCAGAAGAGGCUGGUCCAGAUUGGGAGGCAGGGGGUUGGGACCCAUCCUGGAACAACAGGUGAACCCCUCAACUGCAGUGCCACCCCAUUAAGUCAUAGAGACACAACCCCAAUUUAGCAUUCUUUUGAUGCUUAAUCUCUCUAUCUGGAGUGACUAAGGUCUGAUGUUCAGGGUGUGUGUGUGUGUGUGUGUGUGUGUGUGUGUGUGUGUGUCCGUCCGUCCAUUAUCCUUUAUCUCCCUCAAUAAAAUCCUGAGGUUCCUAAUUUCAAGAAACUGUGACUCUAUAUGUUGGAGAGGGGUGAGGUAAGGGAAUGGAAGCAAAGGAUAGGAAUAUAGUUUUCUGAGCAGUCACUGAAAAUCUGGCAUAUCGGGUCAAAUAAUUUCUCCUGGGGGAGGGGCUUUUUGCAGACACUUCUAGGGUUUCCCCUGGAGGUCCGUUGAUUCAGACCUGGUCUGGAUUGGAACUGACCCAUCUAUCUGAUUAAUUUGUUAAUUCAACAGAUCUCUGUUGGGAGUCUAAUAUGUGGACAGAAUUCAUCGUCUCUCCCUGACCCAAACCUGUCCCCCCUCCCAAUUUCUCUAUUGAUGAUAAAAACUGAAAUUGUUCCUGCCCCCAAGAAGAUUAUAUUUUGCUAGAAGGAAAUAACUUAUCAUAGAUAAGUAAAUAUAAAAAUAACAUACAUGUAGCACCUAUGGGUACUAUCCCCUGCGUCUUGCAGAUGGUUCUCCUAGACCUAACUACCCUCCCUAGAUAAGACUGGUUCCACAUAACAAAAACAGUUCAUGUUUACCUUUAUCAGUUAGCCAGAGGACACACUUAGUUCAAAGUGAAGGCAUUUAACAGAAUAGUAAGAAAAAUAACAAAGUAUUUGCCCCAUAAACUCAGGAUAUACUCUCCCACAAAUAUUUAUACCAUCUUUAGAAUGGAUGGGUACAUAGGGAACAUGUAUAGAAAGACCUUCCAGGAAUUUUGUACCAGCGAGGCCUCAGUCUUUGCCCCAGGGCCUUUCAUAGCAUCCUGCAUCAGCCCCAGCCUUCCUCUAUUCAGGACCUUCUAUAAUACUCUAGAGUUCAUCCCUAGGGCUAGACCCUCCCCCAUGCCCUUACUUCUUCAGCCCUGUUUUAUCACCUCCUACUUCUUAAGGCUUCAUAGGACACCUUCCACCAAGCUGGACUUCAAGGGAUAGCUUUGAGCAGCCUAAUCAUCUGCUCCACUUAAUGGGCUUCUCUAGCCACUGAUACUGUGCCUGGAUUUGUCUCUCGAUGGUUAUCAUAUCCCUACUCCUUCAUAUUCUCCCCGGCCCAGUGAUUCUGAAUGCUAGCUGUCAAUGUACCAACGUUGUUCCGAAUCUCCAACUGCCAGCUCCCUUAUAUCCAUCCCCCUCAACCCUGCCGACUCCACCAAGGUUUUACUAUGUUCUCUGAAUUGCUUUCUCCAUAAUUAGCAAACUUGCUUUCAUUUUUAAGUGAUUUCCUUCCCCCCCUCCCCCUUCCAUCUUCUGGCCAUCACUCAGACCCGAUUGUUUCUUGAUUGCUUCCCUGGCUAGCUUUUAAAGUACUGCUUGUUGACACACUAGCUGUGUGACCCUGGGCAAGUCACUUAACUCCGAUUACCUCACCAAAAAAACCUGAAAACAAUGAAGUGUUGCUUGCACUUUUACUCACAUCCCAAACUUACUGGUCAUUAUGUGACAGAUGGAAUAGUCCUUCUUCCCUACUGCCACUCCAGACUCUCCCUCUGCUACCAUAAUUCCUAAACAUCUCCUGCUUUGAGGUUCACCCAAUCUAUAUCCUGGUAGCAAUUAUCUUUUGACACCUAGUAUAUUCUCCUUGUGGGUGGCUAGGUGGCCCAGUGGGUAGAGUGAUGGGCCUGGUGUCAGGAAGACUC